AUGAAGAAGCUCGUGAUUAAGCCAUAUCGGCAGACUAUUGGCAUGGAUCAAGCACGUGCUCAAGAGAUAUGGACACUAUUACGUACUGCUAUCUAUGAGAUCUUUUCACACAAUGCAAGUCUGCUUUCAUUUGAAGAACUCUAUCGUAAUUCCUACAACUUGGUCUUGCAUAAACAUGGUGAUGUGCUAUAUAAUGGUGUUGUAGGUGUAAUUACAGAGCAUUUACAGACUGUAGCACAUCAAGUAGCAUCUGUUUCGGAUGAAUUAUUACUUGUCACACUCAAUGAACAAUGGAUUGAUUAUCAGGUUGUGAUGACCAUGGUACGAGAUAUUCUCAUGUACAUGGAUCGCACGUAUGUAACACAGAAGCGUAAACUUCCAGUCUAUGAUCAUGGUCUAUAUAUCUUUCGUGACGUUAUUGUACGUCACGAUAGCGUGCGUGAUCGAUUGCGUACGCGUCUAUUGCUGAGUAUUGAACGAGAAAGACACGGCGAACUGAUUGACCGAGACUUGAUUAAAAGUAUAUUACGUAUGCUCAUUGACCUUGGUGUACAUUCAAAUACAGUGUAUGAAAAAGAUUUUGAAAAGCAUUUUCUUGAUACGACGUUGGAUUUUUACCGAGCUGAAGCACAAACAAUGCUCGAUGUUGCAACGUGUUCCGAGUACUUGGAGAAAGCAGAGCAACGGUUGAAUGAAGAAGGAGCACGGGUGUUGCAUUACUUGAACCCAUCAACUGAACACAAGUUAAAGACAAUUGUAGAGACGCAAUUAAUCAAGAAUCAGGCCAAAGCUCUAGUCGAGAUGGAACACUCUGGAUGUAUUGUGCUAUUUCGUGACGGAAAGACACAGGCGCUGCGUAGGAUGUACUCGCUUUUCCGACGAGUACCAAGCACACUACCUAAAAUGAGUGACUGCGUGUUGCACUAUAUUAAAACUACUGGAGAGGAGGUGGUCAAAACACAGUCGAAUCCCGAGACUGCAUUGGAUGCGUCGCAGUUUAUGGAAAAGCUUCUUGCAGUGCGCGAAAAGUUUGUCGGUUAUUUGUCGGAUUGUUUUUUUGACGACCCGCAAUUUCACAAAUCCAUUAAACAGGGAUUUGAGGCAUUUAUGAACACCAGCACAGUCUGUGCUGGAUAUCUUGCACACUAUCUGGACGAGUUACUGCGCUCGAAAAACAAAUUUGAAGAGGAGAUGGAUGCUCGUGUAACUCAAGUAAUUGCAUUGUUCCGGUAUCUACAGGACAAAGAUGUUUUUGAGGAGUUCUACAAGGUUUUGCUCGCCAAGCGUCUUCUGAAUAGCCGUGGCACCUCGGACGAGGCUGAGAAGCUUGUAAUUUCGAAGCUUAAGGCCGAGUGUGGCUACCAGUUUACGUCCAAAUUGGAGGGUAUGUUCAAGGAUAUGAGUAUAUCGAAAGACCUGAUGGAGCUUUACCGGAAAUCAGGCUACGACGCCCGAGGUAGCAGUUUCAGUAUUGACAUGUCUGUCACACCGAUGCCGUUAUCGGUGCACGUAUUGACAAGUGGAUUCUGGCCCACGGAGAUGGCUCCUAUGUGUGCUUUUCCAUUGGAGCUUGUCCAGCUGACACAGAGAUUUGAGUCUUUCUAUUACGCACGACACAAUGGCCGUAAAUUGGCGUGGAUGGCAAAUAUGGGUACCGUUGAUGUUCGUGCAUCGUUUUCGGCGGGAGCAGAAGACAUUCAUCGUCGCCACGAGCUGAACGUGUCUACUUACCAAGCUGUCAUUUUGAUGCUGUUCAACCAGCGCUUGGAGUGGCACUUUCGGGAGUUAGUUGAGCGCACGCGUAUUGAUGUGAAGAAUCUAAAGCGGCACUUGAUAUCUCUCUGUACGCCAAAGUACAAGAUUUUGAUCAAGAGCUCAAAAGGAAAACGUAUUGAUGAGGAAACUGACGUGUUCACAGUGAAUGCCGCUUACAAGUCAAAACUACAUCGCGUACGGAUACCGCUUGUAUCACAAAAGGAGACGUCUUUGUUACCUGCUGUGGUGUCAAGUUUAAGCAAUCCAGCCGACGUGCUGCCACCUACCGUCGCUGAGGACCGCAAGCAUCUUGUCGAGGCAGCAAUCGUGCGUAUCAUGAAGACGCGCAAACAGAUGCAACACAACCAGCUGAUUGCCGAAGUCACUCGCCAAAUGUCAGGUCGUUUCACGCCAUCUCCACAGCUCAUUAAGCUGCGCAUCGAGAGCCUCAUUGAGCGUGAAUAUCUUCACCGCAGCACGACGGACCGACGAAUGUACAACUAUUUAGCGUAA